CGCGCGAUUCCGGCCGCCGAUCGCCGUUGAUGCCGGGGCAAAGAUGAGAUUUUUCUUUUCCCGGUCAUCUUCUCCCCGCGAGGCCGCGGCCUCCCGAUUUUCCCUCCUCUUUAAAAUCCAAACCCCUGCACACAAGCCCGGCAACCCAACCGCUCCCUCCCCGUGACCCCGUCGCCGCCGAAGAUGGCGCCGCCCUCGCCGGAGCCCGACGCGCACGAGCCAUCGCCAUCGCUGCUGCGGCUGCGGUGCGGGGUGCAGCACUACGGGUGGGGACGCCUGGGCGCGGCCUCCCUCGUCGCGCGCCUCGCCGCCGCCAACGACCCCGACGCAGGCGCCGAGAUCGACCCCGCCCGCCCCUACGCGGAGCUCUGGAUGGGCACGCACCCGGCCGCGCCCUCCUCCGUCCUGCUCCCCGGCCUCCCCGGUGGGGACCUCCUCCUCCGCGACUGGCUCGCGCGCAACCCCGCCGCGCUCGGCCCCGCCGUCGCCGCGCGCUGGGCCGGCGACCUCCCCUUCCUCUUCAAGGUACUGUCGGUGGGGAAGCCGCUGUCGAUCCAGGCGCACCCGGACAAGGACCUGGCGGAGCUGCUGCACGCGAUGCGCCCGGCCACGUACAAGGACAGCAACCACAAGCCGGAGAUGGCCAUCGCCAUCACCGAGUUCCGCGCGCUCUUCGGCUUUGCCGGUACAGAGGAGCUCAAGGAUGUUAUAAGGUCUGUACCUGAAGUUGUGGGUCUGAUUGGGCAUGAAGAUGCCGGCAAGCUUAUGGCUAUCAAAGGGUAUCAUGAGGCUAAUGAUGUAAAAUCCAGUCUGCAAUCAGCUUUUGCUAAGCUAAUGACAGCAAGCAAACAAGCUGUUUCCGAAGCAAUUGCUAAACUGAAGGUUCGCCUGGAUGAUGAGAGCAAGAUUCGGACCUUAACAGAGAAAGAGCAUCUUCUUUUGUCGCUGGAGAGGCAAUAUCCAGAAGACGUUGGUGUUCUAUCAGCACUUUUCUUCAACUAUGUCAAGCUCAGUCCUGGUGAAGCAAUUUAUAUAGGAGCUAAUGAACCACAUGCGUAUCUUUCCGGGGAUUGCAUUGAAUGUAUGGCAACUUCAGACAAUGUUGUCCGUGCUGGUUUGACGCCUAAGUACAGAGAUGUGCAGACUCUUUGCUCUAUGCUAACAUAUAAACAGAUCUUCCCUGAAAUAUUGCGUGGGGUACCUGUGCAGCCAUAUGUAAGACGCUACACCCCUCCGUCUGAUGAGUUUGAGGUUGACUGCUGCUUGCUACCUCCAGGUGAAGUGGUUGUCAUGUUUCCAGCACCAAGUCCAUCCAUCUUCCUUGUCAUGACUGGGGAGGGUGAGAUUCAGGUGGACUCCAUGUUAGAGGGUGAGAAGGCAAAGGAAGCGAUUUGGUACAAAGAAGGAUAUAUUCUAACUGCUUGCAUGUGACCUUAGCUUCUGAAGUUAAACUCUGUAAAUGUACAGCAGACUCUAAUAAAUAAAGUUAUGUACAUGUUCAGGUUAGCUUCAAAAUUCCACUCCUUGCACGAGCUUCCAACAUGGGCUUUAUAGGAAUUGCAGCUUGGUAGCAGAUGAUUCAGAACGUUGUAACUACAAAGGAGGCAAGAGCUCAAGUGACGAUAUCUUCAAUAAUUUUGUGAUGGGGCUCCAAAGUAAGUGUCAGAGACAUACUUGAAGCAUCAAGCUUCAGUCUACAAAGGAGUAACUAUGACAGAUAAGCAACAAUAAAUAAGGUUCAAAGUAUGUAUAGGUGCCAAAUUAAGAACUGUUAAUUACCAAGUUAGAAUGACUCAAUCAUGCUAGGUUUUUAAAAUGCCAGGGGGUCAUUCUUAACUGAUUCAGCUGUCCUCAACCUUUUUUUUUUCAGAUUUAACUUCCCAAUCUAAACAUUAGACCUAACUGGUGUUGUUUUUCUCAUGCUUUUCAUUGUCUCUGGUUUUUACAGCAACUCUCCAUAUAGAAUCAGAUCAGUUUGUUGGCUGUCAACAAAGCAAGAUCAAAACAAGGCAGAAGCAUUGAGUAAAGGAGUUUCAGGAGGAGGAAGGCUAAAGGCAGGUAAGGAACAAUUCCUCUCACCCCCCACACACACUGCAAUCUUCCAGCCAGGUUCCAUUUAGUUCUGAUGCAGCCGGUUGGCUACUGGGCUGCCUUUGUUCCUAUGGCCUUUUACUUUUGUGCAGAUUGUUGGACCGCAGUCUCUUAGUGGGUUCUGCUGUAGCCUGUUUUCGGCUCAUUAGGCUGGUUUGGGGAUGCUGUUUUGUUCGACUGACAAUUUCGUAUCGGGGACAGGUGCCAGCUUUUUAUAUGGUCCAAAAAUGCUGGCCUGUGCAUCUCAUGACGGAUAGGCCAAGGGAAAUAUCUUUGAUCUUUCCAUUGUUUUUUUUUUGAGGAUCUGGGUUUUGGAUGCUCCACCAGUUGCUUCUUGCUGUUUGCAUGUCGAUAUGCAUGGCUUCCGAUUGCUUCUCUUUAUUUGCUGGUGUUGCUUUCAACAAGUGAAAGCUCUUGGUAAAGCCUUCAACUUGGUGCCAGGCCCUGUUUGCUGUUUGGGCUUUGUUUCCAAGAAGAAGCAACCUUGGAGUCCAAGUCCGUUCCUUCUUCCUUUUGCCUCAGUUCUCAUGGCCCGAUUUGGUUAACGGAAACGCCGUCUUUCAUGGCGUGGACAUAGCCACUUGGGCACACACACAUAUAAAAUGUCCAAAUUCUCUUUGCAUAGCUAGCUGCUGGACUUGUCAAAUUUUAGUCAUAGUAGCCGGCUGGCCGCCUUGCCCUACACCGGCUGCAUGGCUGGUUUAAUCUAACGAGCUUUGGAAAAUCUGUCCAAAACUGGGACUUGACUUUGUCAGCGUGGUCUGUGCUGAUGCGCUGGUCUCAGUCAAAUGAUAGAGGGAGGUAAACAUGUCCCUCUCUUAUGGUUAUGGUUCCAGUUUCAGGAUGCCCUGCCCUGGCUGCUAGGCUUUAUUAAAGCAAACGUGCGGCAUUUCGGCCGUCAAGACUCGAGAGAGUUUCACGGGCUGAAGCAAGAGAACUCUGCUCUCCUUUUUCUCUUUUCUUGCUGUGUACUGCACUGCUCCUUAUUACUUAACAGUUAUUAACACUGAGGCUGGGAGUUAAUGGUUGGUGCUGAAGGCCGCCAGCCGGCCAGUGUACAGGCAUGGUAGAAGCAGGAUAAUAUUCGUUACUGGCACAUCAAGGGAGAAAUCCUGGUCUAAACAUGUAUGGUCAUGUCAUGCUGGACUUCUCAGUUCUCACUGGCUGUUGUUUCCUCUGGUUUCUGUCUUCCUGUUGAUGGCUAUGUAUUGACAGGAAAACUCAGGUGAAGCAACCUAUAGUUUUCCAGCAUGUGUGGAAAAAACAGUUGCAUGUUUGGAAACUGGAAGAUUAUAGUGGGUCACAAGAAGACAUGGACUAUAUAUUGGACUGUUGUUGAAAAACAGAGUGCUAGAGCAAUCAGUAUCAUCGCCACCUCACCCAGGUGACCAAAGCUUCAGCAAGGUGGUUUGAGACAUCUGAAAACCCAUUCAAGCUUUUGCUAUCCUGGUAAACAAAGAUACCAUAUUAUAUUGUAUGCCAAGGUCUAGUGAAGAUUAUAUAAUGGAGACCUGGCCUCUAGGAUAUGAUGAUGUGUUGGAGACCAGGGGAAGUUACCCAGAGCUUGCAUCCUAUACUAAUUAACUAUCUUGGGGCUUUGUUACACACAGUAAAGUGUACACCAGAAAACAUAAUUGCUGUACAACGUGUGGACUUACAGAGUUAGGCCAGCAGUCAAGGGUGCUUUAGAAGAGCUAGUAUAACAUCACAUAUGCAAUACAGGUAGCAUGUUUCCAUGUUACGGGCAUGAUGGCACAAUUAGUAGCACAAUGCUUGUUUCAUCAGGCUCAUUGCAUCCCAUCAUGUCACACUGAAAGACGACUCCACUUUUUCCUGCCUUGA